UAAAUUUAUUCAUUCUUGUGCGAAUUGCAAAACCCAGAACAGGUACAUAGCGGAGGAGUGAGUGUCCGUCGAUAUCGCCGCCGACGACUCACAUUCCGCGACCACCGUCGUUCCCACGUUGUCUCUCUCAAACUCCUCCUACUCCUCUCUCAAGUAUCUUCCAAGCAAGCUUCAUCAAUCUUUCUCUUUUGGUUUCGUUGAUUCAUUUUCAAAGGUCUCUCUCCAUCUCCGAUUAGAUUGGAAAUCCAAAUUGGCCUUUCUAUAUAGAACAGAACUGAAAAUAGGAACUGAGCCAUUAACAGAGUAUUAGAAGGAGAGUGAUUUCUUUGAACUUGGGUAUUUUUUUUUGUGUGUGUUGGUUUCUCAAAUUAAAUGUUGGAUUCGAAGCUGAGGUUCUUCCUUCAAAGAUGUGUAGUGCUUGGACAGGGGAAGCAGGUACAUGCACAGUUAGUUCUGAACCGCUUUAACCAUCUUGAACCCGUUUUGGUCCACCAAACUCUUCAGUUGACUAAAGAGUUCUCUAGAAAUGUUGUAAACUAUGUCAAAAGAAUCCUUAAGGGGUUCAAUGGUCUGGAUUCUUUCUCCUGGGGGUGUCUUGUUCGGUUCUUGAGCCAGCAUAGGAAGUUUAAAGAAACGGUUUCCGUGUACAUUGAAAUGCACAACUCUGGAGUUCCUUCAAGUUCACAUGCUAUAACCUCAGUGUUGAGAGCUUGUGGUAAGAUAGAGAACGUGAUUGAUGGUAAGUUGAUUCAUGCUCAGGCGCUUAAAACAGGAUUAUGUGGCUGUGUUUAUGUUCAGACAGGUUUGGUGGGUUUGUAUGCUAGGCUCGGUUACAUUGAGAUGGCACAGAAGGUUUUUGAUGAUAUUGCUGAGAAGAAUACAGUUUCGUGGAACUCGCUUUUACAGGGGUAUUUGGAAAGUGGGAAUGUGGAUGAAGCUCGUAGUGUCUUUGACAAGAUUCCUGAGAAAGAUGCUGUCUCAUGGAAUCUGAUAAUCUCGAGCUAUGCCAAAAAAGGUGACAUGGGAAAUGCAUGCUCUUUGUUUCUGGCGAUGCCUUUGAAAAGCUCAGCUUCUUGGAAUAUUUUGAUUGGUGGGUAUGUGAAUUGCAGGGAAAUGAAACUAGCAAGAACCUAUUUCGAUACAAUGCCUCAGAGGAAUAGUGUUUCUUGGAUUACAAUGAUUUCAGGGUACACAAAAUCGGGUGAUGUUCAGUCUGCUGAGGAGCUCUUCAGACAUAUGUCUAAGAAAGACAAACUCGUCUAUGAUGCCAUGAUAACUUGUUAUGCUCAAAACGGGAAGCCAAAGGAUGCUCUGAAGCUAUUCUCUCAGAUGCUUAAUUCUGAUUUUCAGCCGGAUGAGAUCACACUCUCAAGUGUCGUAUCAGCUAAUUCACAGUUAGGUGAUACCAGUUUUGGUAAAUGGGUUGAGUCUUAUGUAACCGAACAUGGAAUCAAGAUUGAUGAUCUCUUAAGCACCUCGCUAAUCGAUCUUUACAUGAAAGGAGGAGACUUUGCCAAGGCAUCCAAAUUGUUCAGUAAUCUAAACAAAAAGGACACAGUUUCUUACUCUGCUAUGAUCAUGGGCUGUGGGAUAAAUGGCAUGGCCACAGAAGCAAACCGUUUGUUCAGAGAGAUGAUCAAAAAGAAGAUCCCUCCAAAUCUAGUAACAUUCACAGGGCUAUUAUCAGCGUAUAGCCAUUCAGGUCUUGUUCAAGAAGGCUAUGAAUGCUUCAAAUCCAUGAAAGACUACAACCUGGAACCUUCAGCUGAUCAUUAUGGGAUAAUGGUGGAUAUGUUGGGACGAGCUGGGAGGCUAGAGGAGGCGUAUGAGCUGAUCAAGAGUAUGCCUAUGCAGCCAAAUGCUGGUGUUUGGGGAGCGUUGCUUUUAGCUAGUGGUUUACACAACAACGUUGAGUUUGGGGAGAUUGCCUGCAGCCACUGUGUUGAACUUGAGACUGAUCCUACUGGUUAUCUUUCACAUCUUGCUAAUAUAUAUACGUCUGUUGGUAGAUGGGAUGAUGCAAGGAAUGUAAGAGAUGCUAUGGAAGAGAAGAAACUGCGUAAGACACUUGCGUGUAGCUGGGUUGAGACUUGAGAGUUCAGUACUUUGAGAUUUCGGUUUAGGAUCAUCCAUCAACAUCAGUGUUAAAGAAACAGUCUGUAGAUUGGGUAAACCAGAAUGUGCAAGGGCUUGUGUUGUGAAUCAGAAGAUAAAGACUGUGUCCAUGUACUGAUCUGGAGAGAAGACGGCGUGGGACAGAUGGUUCGAUAAUCAGCUGCAUAGGAAGAGGUUGGCAUUGGAGUAGACAUGAGGUGGUACUUCUUCUGUUUUGGUCUCUGUUCUUUCUACUUUGUAUCCCUACAACUACCUGAAUAGGAGUGGCUGUAACCAGCAGGCCAGCGACGCCUCCACGGCAACCAUCAGGGCUAGCCAACGACACUCAUACCAUUUAUGUAUUUAUAGUUUUAAACAGUUAUGGUCAUGUAUUGAGAGUUCAGUAAUACUACUGUAUCUUGCGUAGUGACUAGAUGUUACUUUCAUAGAGCUUGCUAGUGGAGUUGCUAAACGCGCAA